AUGUUGGAGCGGGAGCGGCCCCAAGAAAAGGAGCGGGGCGCUGGGCUUUUCAGCCGCUUCUUCCGCAAGAUGGAUGGCUGUGAUGUGAAGAUAAUUCUGGAUGGCAAAAGCGAAUCUGAUGUGGUGCGGGUUCACGACCCUCGCGACAACACAAGUGAGCGGCUCUACCGCUAUUCUUGCGAAGAGCCAGUUAACGGCCGCGUAAUGUUGAAUCCCAAGGGCUCCUACCGCCACAACGGUGUCGAUGUGAUGCUUUUGGCCUACGCCGUGCUCCCUCAAGCAAGCGACCACAAAGUUGAAUUUAUCACACAAGUGAAGCGGUUUGAACCCGACACACUGCAGGGUGCCACUCCUUUGGAGUUCUCAUUCACUGUGCUCAAGGAACACGAGUCUUACCGGGGUAUAAAUGCACGGGUGAUGUACGUUCUCCGUGUGGUCGUCCAUCGCCCGCUGAAGAAUGUCACGGAACAAAUGGAGUUUUGGGUGACUCGCGUGGACACCGUAUUGAGCGAUACUCAGCCGGACGCUCUACGGCAUAGGAGCUACUUCCGUGAGACCGUUUUUGGUCCGAAUUCCACUACCAUGGACGUGGGUGUCACUAACAUGCUACACAUUGAGUUUAUGUACGAUAAAAGGUUCUUUCAUCUCCAGGAACGAGUUUUGGGGAAGGUGACCUUUAAAGUGACCCACAUGGAUAUUCGCUACGGCGAAGUGGGUGUGGUAAGGAAGGAAACUGUCGUUCCCCCACUCAGUGAAUCGGAGGCGGUGAACAUGGAGACAUUGCAAAAGUUUGAGAUAAUGGAUGGCACGCCUAUUGUGGGCGAGGUAGUUCCCAUACGGUUGUAUCUGAAUUGCAUUCCCAACCUUACGCCAACUUACAAAAAUGUGCAAGAUUGCGUUAAUGUACAGUACUUCCUAAAUCUUGUGCUGAUAACUGCUGACGGCAAACGGUUCUUCAAGCAACAGGAAAUUGAAUUGUACCGUAGACGUGGUCAGGAGGCAUUGACAUGGACGGCGUGGAGGCAAGAUGAUCCGGGUAAAGGGGACGGAGAGGCGGGUGAAACAUCUCAUUAA